AUGGGCGCAAAGCCGACUGCACCCGCCGGUUUCCCAGCAAGGAUUAGGCGCAAUGCAUGCCACUCUGCUGUGCCCGCAACACGGCAUCCCGUCUGCCUGGCCGCUCAAUUGCCCUACACCAACACCCUACAAAGUACCUGUACAACAUACACACAUGCCUGUUCCAUUUGCCCAUCUCAAGCGCUUCUGCAUCUCCUCGGCUUCCUUUCGCCCUCUGCAAAAACGAUCAAGCUAUGCCACCUACCUAAAGCGACAUGGCUUGCCUCGGCCCUCUUGCUUAGUGGUGGGCCCGCUCCAUCUGUUACCAGACCUUCCGGGCCCGACUACUUCCCCUAA